UAAUUAAUAUCAAUUAGUAAUUAACAACCACGCACAGCAAAGUCCAUCUUAGUCUUUGUGCCGGCCACCUAGUUUUAAACACUUAGUCUUCUUCUGACCAACCAAACAUCGAACUCCGACCACCAUAGUUCUCUUCAUUGACCCUAGACCAUGGGUAACUGCAGCAGCAGCAGCAACGGCGGCGGUGCCGCCUCCUCAACCACCACUUACUACGACGACCUUCCCCAGCGCAACGGCAUCACCGUCCUACCUCCGAACACGAACCCUUCACCCCCACCCCCGAAGCCACAAGCGUCGUCCUCGCUGGGCCGGGUGCUGGGCCGUCCCAUGGAGGAUGUCCGGUCAAUUUACAUCUUCGGGCGCGAGCUGGGCCGCGGGCAGUUCGGCGUGACGUACCUGGUGACCCACAAGACCACGAAGGAGCAGUUCGCGUGCAAGUCGAUCGCAACGCGCAAGCUCGUGAACCGCGACGACAUCGACGACAUCCGGCGCGAGGUCCAGAUCAUGCACCACCUCACCGGCCACCGCAACAUCGUGGAGCUCAAGGGCGCCUACGAGGACCGCCACUCCGUCAAUCUCAUCAUGGAGCUCUGCGCUGGCGGCGAGCUCUUCGACCGGAUUAUCACCAAGGGCCACUACUCCGAGCGCGCCGCCGCCAACUCCUGCCGCCAGAUCGUGACGGUGGUGCAUAAUUGCCAUUCCAUGGGCGUGAUGCACAGGGACUUGAAGCCCGAGAAUUUCUUGCUGCUCAACAAGGACGAUGAUUCCCCUCUCAAGGCCACGGAUUUUGGUCUCUCCGUCUUCUUCAAGCCAGGAGAUGUGUUUAGAGACCUUGUUGGAAGUGCUUACUAUGUUGCUCCUGAGGUGUUGAAAAGAAGUUAUGGGCCUGAGGCUGAUAUUUGGAGUGCUGGGGUUAUACUGUACAUUCUGCUUUCUGGUGUUCCACCUUACUGGGCAGAAAAUGAACAGGGUAUCUUUGAUGCUAUUCUUCGUGGACAUAUUGAUUUCGCAUCGGAUCCUUGGCCUUCCAUAUCAACUAGUGCUAAAGAUCUGGUCAAGAAGAUGCUACGUGCUGACCCUAAAGAACGACUUUCAGCAGUUGAAGUGCUAAAUCAUCCCUGGAUGAGAGUGGAUGGAGAUGCAUCUGAUAAGCCUCUUGAUAUUGCUGUUUUAUCCAGAAUGAAACAAUUCCGAGCAAUGAACAAACUAAAAAAAGUAGCCCUGAAGGUUAUUGCUGAAAAUCUUUCUGAAGAAGAAAUUAUCGGCUUGAAGGAAAUGUUCAAAUCCAUGGAUACAGAUAACAGUGGAACAAUCACAUUUGAGGAGUUGAAAGCUGGUCUCCCAAAACUGGGUAGUAAACUUUCUGAGUCCGAAGUAAGGCAGUUGAUGGAAGCGGCUGAUGUAGAUGGAAAUGGAACCAUUGAUUACAUUGAAUUUAUAACUGCUACCAUGCACAUGAAUAGAAUGGAAAGAGAGGAUCAUCUAUAUAAAGCCUUUGAAUAUUUUGACGAUGAUAAGAGCGGUUACAUCACAAUGGAAGAGUUGGAAUCUGCCCUCAAGAAGUACAACAUGGGUGAUGAGAAAACAAUAAAGGAGAUCAUUGCUGAAGUUGAUACUGACAAUGAUGGAAGAAUUAACUAUGAUGAGUUUGUAGCCAUGAUGAGGAAAGGCAACCCAGACAUAAACCACAUAACCCAAAGACGUCGCAAAUAAGUUCUGCAUUACUUUGUUGAGAUCAGAGUCUUUACUCGUUUUAGUAUUGCGGCCUGCUAUUUGACUGGGCACUUACAUGAUAUUUGUGGGUCUAGUUGCACCAGUUUUUUUCCCUACUGCACGAGCAGACAUGAAUGUGUUUUCUAUUUUGUACAAAUCCAAGAAAAAACAGAUCCAACUUUUUUCUGUAGUGAGUUUAAGAAUGUGCGAUUUAGUUUCUCUUGGUUUACGCUGAGUGCUAACUUUGUAUACCAGAUAGAUCCUACGGAGACCUAUUCGUCUUAUGAAUAAAGUAAUCUCAGAAUGUGGAUAUGUCCCAAGGGCA